GCUAUCUCUAUGCUUUCUGUGUGAUCUUGGGAGUUGGUGCACCUUCGCUUAAGAUUUAGCAGUACAUGCAACAUUCUUAGAGCUGACAACAGAAUGCAUUUAUAUCAUCAUCCUUUUGAUUUGAACAGCCAGAAGGUGAGGCUUGCAUUGGAAGAGAAAGGCAUUGAUUAUACGUCUCACCAUGUCAAUCCCAUUACAGGCAAGAAUUUGGAUGCCGCAUUCUUCGACAUGAAUCCUAGUGGCAAGCUGCCUGUUUUCCAAAAUGGUUCCCACAUCCUUUACGACACUAUUGAUAUAAUCCAGUACAUAGAAAGAAUUGCUAAGGUAUCCUCUGGCGCUGAGGGCAUCAGUAUUAGUGGCAGGGAAGUUGUUGAAUGGAUGAGAAAGAUACAAGAGUGGGAUCCCAAGUUUUUCACACUCUCCCAUAUACCAGAUAAAUAUCGCACUUAUACCUCCAAGUUUAUAAGGCGGGUGGUGAUUGCUCGAAUGUCUGAAUCCCCCGAGCUAGCUGGAGCUUACCACAGGAAGUUGAAAGAAGCUUAUCAGACGGAAGAAAAAUUAAAAGACCCUGAUGUGUUGAGGAGGAGCAAGGAGCACUUGGUUAUCCUUCUUGAUGAAGUGGAGAAGCAGCUUAGUGAAACGCCUUAUUUAGCAGGUCAAGAUUUCACUAUGGCCGAUGUGAUGCUCAUCCCUGUGUUGGCUCGUCUGGUGCUUUUGGAUUUAGAACAUGAGUACAUAGCUGACAGACCAAACACUGCUGAGUACUGGCUGUUGGUUCAGCAGAGGCCUAGCUAUAAAAACGUGAUUGGCAAGUAUUUUGAUGGUUGGAGAAAGCAUAAAAUGUUAUUGAAAACGUGGUGCUGUGUUCGGAUUAGAAGCUUGCUAAAGAAAUACUAGUGAAGUACAUAUGCAUGGCUCGGUUGGCUGAAUAAAUGAAUAGCCUUUUGUAUUUUUUUU